AUGAAGAUUUGGGAGAAUCCGGAGAUCGGAUACCAAGAAGUCCACGCACAUCAGGUUCUCACCGACUACCUCGAAGAGCAGGGAUUCAAAGUCACUCGCAGCGCCUACAACUUGAGCACCGCCUUUAGAGCCGAGUUCUCCAACGGUGAAGGUCGUGCUGUGUCGUUCAACUCCGAGUUUGAUGCUCUCCCUGGUUUGGGACACGCUUGCGGGCAUAACCUCAUCGCCACCGUUGGUGUUGCCGCGGCAAUCGGUGUGAAGGAUGCACUAGAGAACGGUAACGUGAAAGGGGCGGUGGUACCACGACGUGAUGUUGUCCUCGACCAGGUUCAGUCUAUUCUCUAUGCGUCUGGCAACGGAACGAACACUACAGUGGAAAUCACUCCCUUCCAGGACUACUGGGAUCAAAAUCCUAGUUUCCAACUGGCGAGUACGUUCUAUCAAUAUCAGAUGAAGUACCUUGACCCAGCCGAUGACCCGAAAACGGCCAACUUCACAGUAUCCUCCCCAGAAGAGUCACGACGAGAUGGGGGCGCCUCCGCGUCGUCUGAUCAGGGUAAUGUUUCUUGGUUCCUCCCGGCUAUUCAGGUUGGCUUCCCCGUUGGCGGAGGUGCUCCCGUACACAACGCUGGUUUCCGAGAGCUCGCCGGGACGGACUUUGCACACGAGUCAGCUAUCCAGACUGCGAAAGUUCUAGCAAUGACCGGCCUCGAGGUGUUGCAGAAUGAGACUUACGCGGAGACCAUGUGGGAGGAGUGGAGAGCCAUGAUCGAAGAGGUAUCGGUCUCGAUAUAG